UGUCCUGUCCUGUCCUGUCCUGUCCUGUCCUGUCUCUGUCUCCCUCUCUCUCUCUCUCUCUGUGUCUGUGCUGCCGGCUCCGCUCCCCGCGGUCACUCUGCUGCUGCCGCCGCCCAUGGACACCCCGGUGCCGGCGUCGGACUGCGCCGUGUGCCGCUCCCCCGGUCUGGCCGCCAGUGCCCGGCGUCUGCCCUGUGGUCACCGCCUGUGCUCCGACUGUGCCCGAUACUCGGAUACAGCGCUGGGUGGAAGCCUGGACUGUCCCACCUGUAGUGGCCCCGUCACUGCCCCGCUCCCCGCACUAGAUGUAGCAACAGUAGCAGCAGGUGGACGGGCCGAGCGGCUGUGUCCCCAACACGGGCAACCCCUACAACUCUUCUGUCAGCAGGACGGACAGUGUGUGUGUACAUCGUGUAUGGACAGUGGAGCUCACCGGGAACACACCGUCACAUCGCUGGAUACUGCCCGGGACUCGCUCAAGGCCAAGCUGCUCACCCGUGUGAAGACUCUGUUCCAAACUCAACAGAAUUGUCACUUCAAAUAUCAGGACCUGAAAAAGACAGAGAAUGACAUAAAGACACAGAUGGGCCGGCUGAAGGGGAACCUGGCGAAGAAGUUCUCGGAGUGGCGGGAGAGCCUGCGGGAGGGGGAGGAGGAGGUGCUGAGCAUGGUGGACGAGGAGGGUCAGCGCCUGCUGGCCCACAGCUCCCGCUCCUCCCACAUGCUGGACCGCACCAUGGACCUCAUCCAGCAGAUCGACGAGCAGUCCCAGCGCCUGACACAAGAGGACCCCCUCGACUUCAUCCAGGCCGUGAAAGAACUCCUUUCAAAGGCCUCAGAGGUACAAAAGCAGAAGAUUCCAACUCACCACAAGGACACGCUGAACAUGAACCUGAUAUCUGACUACACCAAGGAGAGGGUGCAGAACUCCAUGCUCUAUCACUCCGCCAUCACCAGCAUUGUCGGUGAGUGGGCUCGGCUGACCUUGGACCCCAAGACGGCCUACUGGUUCCUGACGGUGUCAGAGGACGCCCGCUCCCUGAGCUUCGGCUACGACCUGCAGCCGUACCCGUCCAACCCCGAGCGCUUCCGCACCCACCGCCAGAUCCUGUGCUGCCAGAGCUUCUCGUCGGGCUACCACACCUGGGUGGUGGAGGCGGAGGGCAUCGCCUGGGGUAUUGGCGUGGCCUACGGCAGCAUCGCCCGCGAAGGCCUCACCUCAGACCUGGCCAACAGCGACAAGGCCUGGUGCGUCCACUUCAGCCACGGCACCCUGACCGCCAGCCACUCCGGAGCCCACACCGACAUCAUCAGCGACCCCACCUACAACAGGUUCCAGGUGGAACUGGACUUUGACAUGGGCACUGUCUCCUUCUACCAGGUCAACCACUCCCUCAAGCACCUCCACACCUUCAAGACCACCUUCAGUGAGCCCAUCUUCCCAGCCUUCUCCUGCUUCUACAUCUCAUCCCUCAAGCUCUGUUAAAUCAACCCGUACCUUCAAAUCACCUGUAGUUUAGUGUGCGUGUAGAUAGGAACUGCAGAUGCUGGUAUAUACUGAAGAUAGACACAAGGAGUAACUCAGCGGGUCAGGCUGCAUCUCUGGAGAAAAAGGAUUGGUGACGUUCUUCAGAAGGUUUAGUGUGGUUUAGUCUGGAUAGAUACCUAAUGCUGGAGUAACUCAGCGGGUCAGGCAGCGACUCUGGAGAAAAAGGAUGGGUGACGUUCUUCAGAAGGUUUAGUGUGGUUUAGUUUGGAUAGAUACCUAAUGCUGGAGUAACUCAGCGGGUCGGGCAGCAUCUCUGGAGAAAAAAAAUGGGUGACGUUUCAUAGAAACAUAGACAAUAGGUGCAGGAGUAGGCCAUUCGGCCCUUCAAGCCUGCACCGCCAUUCAAUAUGAUCAUGGCUGAUCAUCCAACUCAGUAUCCUGUACCUGCCUUCUCUCCAUACCCUCUGAUCCCUUUAGCCACAAGGGCCACAUCUAACUCCCUGUUAAAUAUAGCCAAUUAACUGGCCUCAACUACCUUCUGUGGCAGAGAAUUCCAGAGAUUCAUUCCUCUCUGUGUGAAAAAUGUUUUUCUCAUCUCAGUCCUAAAAGAUUUCCCCCUUAUCCUUAAACUGUGACCCCUUGUCCUGGACUUCCCCAACAUCCGGAGCAAUCUUCCUGCAUCUCGCCUGUCCAACCCCUUAAGAAAUUUGUAAGUUUCUAUAAGAUCCCCCCUCAAUCUUCUAAAUUCUAGCGAGUACAAGCCGAGUCUAUCCAGUCUUUCUUCGUAUGAAAGUCCUGACAUCCCAGGAAUCAGUCUGGUGAACCUUCUCUGUACUCCCUCUAUGGCAACAAUGUCUUUCCUCAGGGUCGGUCGGGACCUGUUAGGUAUGUUCUUCAGGAGGUUUACUGUGAUUAGGUUUGGUUUAGUUUGGAUAGACACAGAGUGCUGGAGUAACUCAGCGGGUCAGGCAGCAUCUCUGGAGAAAAAGGAUGGGUGGCAUUCUUCAGAAGGUUUGGUGUGGCUUUGUUUGGAUAGACACAAAAUGCUGGAGUAACUCAGCGGGUCAGGCAGCAUCUCUGGGGGAGAAAAAAUAACAUUGGUGAUAUUUCGGGUCGGGAGCCUUCUUCAGUCUGAAGAAGGGCCCCAAUCUGAAACAUCACCUAUCCAUAAAUGCUGCCUGACUCGCUGAGUUACUCCAGCACUUUGUGUCCAUCUCCCCAGUCUUGCUGGUGUGGAGAGCACCAUUCAAUGAUUCACACAGUUACAGGGGUCAGGAGAAUGGGCGGGUUGGUCAGGAGGUGACCACUGACACACACGUAUGAUAAAGUGAUCCUGGUCCUUCAGAAGAGUUUGUUGAGUUUAGAUGGACGCAAAGUGCUGGAGUAACUCAGCGGGUCAGGCAGCAUCUGUGGAGAAAAAGCACAGGGUGGCACGGUGGCGCAGCGGUAGAGUUGCUGCCUUACAUCGCCAGAGACCCGGGUUUGAUCCUAGCUACGGGUGCUGUCUGUAUGGAGUUUGUACGUUCUUCCUCUGACCACGUGGGUUUUCUCCGGGUGCUCCGGUUUCCUCCCACACUCCAAAGACGUGCAGGCUUGUGGGUUAAUUGGCUUGGUGUAAGUUUAAACUGUCCCUAGUGUGUAGGAUGGUCAGAUAGUGUAUGGGUGAUGGCUGGUUGACGUGGACUCGGUGGGCCGAGGGACCUGAUUUUUGUGUCAUUUCUCAAGUCUAAGGACGAUUCAGUUGGAGGCCCUUGUUGAGACUGUUUGAUUGAUUGAAAGCUACAGCACGGACACAGGCCCUUCAGCCCACCGAGUCCACGCCGACCAUCGAUCACCCUUUCACACUAGUUCUAUGUUGUCCCCCCUUUCUCAUCCAUUCCCUUCAGGCAGGAGGGGAAUUUACAGAGCUGUCUGUGUGGAGUGUGCACGUUCCUCCUGUGGGUUUUUGCCCAGUGCUCUGCUUUCAGAUUCAGAUUCAGAUUCAACUUUAAUUGUCAUUGUCAGUGUACAGUACAGAGACAACGAAAUGCAAUUAGCAUCUCCCUGGAAGAGCGACAUUGAAUACGAUUUCAAUAAAUAAAUCUGUUUACAUGGAACGAGUGUACCUGUCCCCCGCACAAAAACCGGCCAUUCGGCCCACUGAGUCCGUGCCGGCCAUAGUGCACCUGUGGGCACACUAAUCCUAUUCUCCCACAUCCCAAAGAUGUGCGGGUUUGUAGGUUAAUUGGCAUCUAUAAAUUGCCCCUAGUGUGUAGGAUAGAACGAGUAUACGGGUGAUCAAUGAUCGGUGUGGGCCGAGGGACCUGUUUCCAUGCUGUGUCUCCAAACUAAACUACACACUAGGGGAAUUUACAGAGGCCAAUUAACCUACAAACUAGCACGUCUUUGAGAUGUGGAAGGAAACUGAAGCAUCCGGAGAAAACGCACGCGGUUACGGGUAUAACGUACAAACUCCAUACAGACAGCACUGGUGGUCAGGUUCGAACCCAGGUCUCUGGCGCUGUAAGACAGCAACUCUAUCCGCUGUUCUGAUCGUAUGCAAAUAUCGUAUAGCGGAACAAGAUAGGCCACUCCUGCUAAACGCAAUGGGCUGACGUGUAGUACGCAACGGAGUGGAAUGUGGGCCUUUUUUUCAUCCAUUUCAGUAACCCGACCUGACCCGACCCGACUCGCAGUGUAAUCAACAUUGCGGGGGAACAGUUUGUGCUAAUAAAUUAUAAUUCUGAAAAUGAGGGGAAGAUUUUCACCAAAGAACUUUUAUUUUUACGAGGAUGUUUCCGUAACCGGCUCCCGUCUCCGCACUAGUAUCUUUGCUCCGCUACGGGAUCUUUGGUGCGGAGACGGAAGCCGGUUACGGAAAUGGGGCCGAAAAUGACCCAUGAAUCUGCCCGUGACCGUACUACGUCUUUAUCGUCAAGUGGGCCAUCUUGCUCGCUAGAGGAUCGUAGGGGCUGAGGAAAGCUGGAAAAUGAAGAAAGUCAGGACCUGUGUGGGAGGUAAUAGCUCGACACAAGUGAGGGAUGCAGCUGGUUGGAAUAAGAAUGGAAGGAAGGUGUGGGACAUGUUGGAAGAGUUGCGGAUUGUAAAGGUACGUUAGUUUCUUGCCACGUGUGCCAAGGUACUGAUGUAAAAAAACUUUCACUGUCCCUCGAUACACGUGACACUAAACUAAACCUGUCCCCCCGCACACUUAGCGGAAAAACAGGCCAUUCGGCCCACUGAGUCCGUGCCGACCAUAGUGCACCCGUGUGCACACUAAUCCUAUCCUGAACCACUCCCAAUAUGAAGAGAUAUAGAAACACAGUGCUGGAGUAACUCAGUGGGCCAGGCAGCAUCUGGGGAGGAAGAAAAGACACAAAGUACAGGAUUAUCUCAGCGGGCCAGGGAGCAGAGAAGUCCGAUGAAGGGUCCUGGCCUGAAAUGUCACCCAGCCAUGUUCUCUACAACUGCUGUCUGGCCUGAGUUACUCCAGCACUUUGUAUCUUUUUGUAAGCCAGGAUCUGCUGUUCCUUGUUUCAGCAUCUUUGGAGGAUGUGGAUUGGUGACAAUUUGAGCUGGGACCCUUCCUCGUAUUCCCGACCAGUUUUACCCUCCCCUCCCCCACACUUCUUGGCCUACUAGGUCCACUGUUCACAUCCAUGUAUCCCUCUCCUUUGCCAGUCUUCCCCAGCCAACAAUGGACCAUUGUGUGCUCCAGCAGUACACAAGUCAGUACACAAGAGUCGCCACAUUUCCAGUGCCAUCUUGUACCUUUCAUGUUUCAAAGUUCUCAGAUGAAGUGCCUUAUCUUGGCCUUGAAGGCCCAUAGUCCUGGCGACGGCACUGGUUUGGCAGGCCAUGUGUUCCAGUUGUUCUGGGUGAGAAAGUUCCUUCUCGGAUCCCCGAUGAAUCUCUUUCCCCUUCACUUUAAAAAAAAUCUUCCUCUCCAAAAAAACCCAGGAUCUACCUAAUUUGAAACACUUCCGCUGCCAUCUACGCAUGAGUUCUGAGUAGUAUAGGUUUAUUAUUGUUAUGUGUACUUGGCUACAGUGCUAUUCAAUACAAACAAGUCAAACUCCAGUACAACAGGUAGAGCAAAGGGGGAAGAUACAGAGUGCAGAAUAUAGUUCUCAGCAUUGUAGCACAUCAGUUCCACAGACAAAGUCCAAUGUCCGCAAUGGGGUAGAGGUGAAUCGGACAGUACCCUAGCUUAUGGAAGGACUGUUCAGAAGCCUGAUAACAGAGGGGAAGAAGCUGUUCCUGAGUCUGGAGCUGUGCGAUUUCAAGCUUCUUCCUGCCGAGAGCAGGGAGACGGAAUGACCGGGGUGGGACAAGCCUUUGGUUGUGUUGGCUGCUUUUCUGAGGCAGGUGGAAUCGAUAGUGGGGAGUCCGGUCUGUGUGAUGGGCUGGGCUACAUCCACGACUCUCUGCAUUUUCUUGCGGUGUUGGGCAGAGCUGUUCCCAAACCAGGCUGUGAUGCUUGCCGACAGUGUGCUUUCUACGGUGCACCUGCAGAAGUCACUAAAUGUGAUGUAAGUAAGGAAACACGAUUCACUGCCACGGAGUGAGGCCAAGUCACGGUGUAAUUUUAAAGCGGAGUUGGUAGGUUCUUGUUUAGUAAGGACGUCAAAGGUUAUGGGGAGAAGGCAGGAGAAUGGGGUUGAGAGGGACAGAUAGAUCAGCCGUGAUUGAGUGGCAGAGCAGACUCGACGGGCCGAAUGGCCUAACGCUGCUCCUUUGUCUCAUGGUCUUACGAUUUUACGAGUGUCUGAGCCAUAUUCUCUGGUGGUUCCAAUGUCUCGGCCCACUAACACCGAUUCUUUUUCUUUCAUUGCCGCCCUCUAGCUGAAUAUUGACCCAGCUGCUUCCCCUGCACCAGACCCUUUCCGGGUUGUACGACGUGUGACUUUGUGUGCUGUGACUUUCCUCCCCCAAAUAAAGUGCAAACGCUUCA